AUGGCGGGAGCAAACAAGGCAAUCCGUCGGGACGAGGUCUCGUCGGCUCGUGAAGUUGACGGCCAUGUCGGCUCUCCUACGCCUUCUUCACAUGCGGGCCUCAUCUCGCGCUUUUGUACCGGUGCGGUGCUUUUGCUAGCCCUGUCCCAGGUUUUCUGUUUUCUGGUGAUUUCCGUCUUUGGUUUCGAAGAUCUGCCCUCUCAAUCUGAAUGGGUUUGUCGGAUCGCGGAAGCCGGGCAGCGCUGUGGCGACGUAUUUAAGAACGAAGUGACACACGACAAGGGAGCAAUUUGCAGGCCGGGCGAUUGUUGUGCAAGGACGGCAAUAAGUAGCUCUGGAAAUUUAGGAGACAUCUGUACCUCGGACAAAUUCCAGUGCAGGAACCAUAAGGACCCGUUCAGUUACGGAAAAUGUGAUCUGAAGAACCAGUGCCACAAAUGCUCGAAGAACUCAAAAUGUCACGAGGACACCUCUGAAAAUGGCGGUGUCUGGUGUCAAUGCCCUCCUGGAGGUCAGGGCACAGGCAUCACCUGCAACAUUGAUCCCUGCAAAGGCAAUCCGUGCAACAACGGCAUCUGCUCACAAAAAAAGAACAACCCAUCUGAAUUUGAAUGCCAGUGCUAUCCUGGUUACACCCUCGUGGAAGACAACUUGGGGAGGUACAAGGCCUGUGUUGACUACUGUGGAACUGGGAUUUGCGGCGAGGGGGCGUUACGAUGCAUAAACGGCGAAUCACAACACAUGUGUAUCUGCAAAAAAGGCUACGUGAACCAGCGACUGAACGGCUUCGACACUUGCGUGAAGCCUGACUUAUGCUCGGUCCAGCCAUGUGGCAGACCUAACGCAGUCGUGUCGUGCAAAACGACCUCGGCAACGACGUACGAUUGCGAGUGUCAGGCGGGAUUCAAAAAGCAAAAACUCAAUGGCCGUCCAUACUGCGCCGCUGCUGUUUAA